AUGGAAGAUUUUGAUAUAGAUAAAUUACUACAGGAUGAAAAUUCCGAUCAAAUUUGGAAAUUAUAUAGUAAAGCUAAAGAUUCAUUACCUUAUAAAUCAAGAAUGGAAAAUUUAACAUGGAGAAUGAUGUAUUUAAAUUCUCAUAAACCUAAAAAUCUCGAUCCUUCAGCUGAAGAAUUCGAUUAUAUCGCUCAUAUUAAGAAAAUGGGCCAAGAUCAUAAUAAUACCUUUGUAGAUUUCAACCAUGAAGUUGAUAAUGGGAAGUUUUUCGAGAAAGAUGUUGAAAUGGAAGAUUUUAAUAAUGAUUUUUUCGAUAAUUUACAUAAUCCUAUGAAUCUCAAUAAUCAUGAGGCUUUAACAUCAUCAUAUAAGAACAGUUUACCCGUAUCACAUUCAAAUUCAGCUAUAACCAGUUUAUCGCAUUCAAAUAGCAUAACUUCCAUAAAUAUGAAUGCUCCUUCACCAAUAACUGUUAGACCAAUUCAUUCCCGAUCAAAUUCUUCCCAUUCAACUAGUCAAUCAGGACAAAUCUUUCCCAAAUUUAAUAGAACUUAUUCAACACCAAAAUCAAAUUUAACAUCAAAUUUAAAAUCAAAAUUAACUCCAACUUUUGACCAUCCCACGACGUCAACUACCAGUUCAGCAACUAUCCCAACAUCUUAUCAAUUUAAUGAUUUUGAUUUUGAAUCCAAUAACGAUUUUGAUUUCGAAAUCCAUUCUCAUAAGAAUUCAGUAGUAAAUUUGAAUGAAUUGAAUUCUCCUUAUACAAAUACUUCAUCAUCAUUACCCACACAUUUCAAUUCUCCAUUAUUUGAUGAAAAUUCAUAUUUUGAUAACUUUAAGAAUCUCGAACGACCCAAGAAUAAGAGAUCAAAGACAAAUAUUAAGAAAAAAUCCCAUUCUCCAGAAAUGAUUGAAGAAGAAAAGAAAAAAGAUAAGAAAAAUUCCAAUAAUAAUAUCAUGGACGGUAAUGUUUCAUGUACUAAUUGUCAUACCAAAACUACUCCAUUAUGGAGAAGAAAUGCUGAUGGUCAACCAUUAUGUAAUGCAUGUGGAUUAUUCUUAAAAUUACAUGGAGUUGUCAGACCUUUAAGUCUUAAAACUGACGUUAUAAAGAAACGUCAAAGAGGUACAAAUUCAAGUAAAAAAAUAACUGUAAAAGAUGGUGAUGAUUUAAAUCCAACUAAUUUAGUUAUGGAUAAAAAAUCUCCUAAAAAAAGACGUCCAGUUAAUAUUCCAACUGGAGAUUCUCCUUCAUCAAAACCUGUAAAUUCUUUAGGUUCUAUACCAACUUCAGUACCGAAUUCAUUAUCUAAUUCAACCAAUUCUUUUGGUUUGGGGAUUAAUGGUACUCCCAUCUCAACUCCAUCAUCAGUGACAGGGAUGAAUGUCAAAAGAGAAGAAGAAUUGCAUGCAAUUCAUGAAUUGGAUGAUAGUUUGUUGAAUCUGGAGUAUUUACAGGAGGAUAAUCUUGAUUGGUUAAGUAUGGCGUUAUAA